AUGGGAAGUUUCUGGAACAAGCGCAACGCAGUUAUCAGCGGCAUCGCCAUCACUAUCCUCGGCACGUACUUUGUUUAUCAAUCUCCCACUCCCUUGAACUUCAGCAUGUCGAAGACCAGUAGCGACGUUCCAGAUCUGGAGUUCAGGCUCUCUCAGACCUCAAGUAGUCCACCUACAAUUCUCGUUACGCUCAAGAACACCAGCCCAGAUACGCCGUACACACUGCUGAAAUGGGGCACACCGCUGGACUCGGCGGCAUUGAAUACUGGAGUAUUCUCAAUCGUUGGCGAGGAGGAUGACGAGGAGGUGAAGCAGUUUGUGCUACAGAUCAACAGAAAGAUGCCACCGGCGCAAGAAGAAGUUGUGACUCUCGUGCCUGGGACGGAGAAAGAGGUCGAGGUGGUGUUUGAUAAGCCCUGGAUGCUAGAAAGGAAGCCUGCAAAGUACAAGGUGAAGGCCGUGGGCGACUUCAAGGGUCUCUGGGACAAGGACGCGAGCGAUGUGACAGAGCAGAAUUUGUACGCAUAUAUCGAGAGUCCGCUGAGUGGGAAAAAGUUCGCCACCAACGAGAUCGUUAUGGAGGUUGAAUAG